UAAUAACUGUACUUGUUCUUCGUAGUACUAACAUGUCUCGAUGUAAUGCUAUCUGCAAUGCGGUGUCAGGCAUUAACACUAAAAACUACAAUCAGUUUGGCAUUAACCGGAAAUGGUUGUGUGUGUUUUUCUCUCCUUAUAAUAAUGUACAUCUCAGUUACUUUAAACAGUGAUAAAUAACAAAAUAAUAAUUGUUGUGUUAUUUAUAUAUCAUAUUAAUUUUUGUUUCACAUAUAUUUAUUAAACCUAAGCGGAAUGUUAGUUAUUUGUGUUAUUUUAUUUGGAGGUGUUUGCUAAAAGAUUUUUUUCAGUAGCAUGACUGUAUUUUUUUUCUCACAUUGUUUCUUUCUUUCAGUCUGCUCCGUUCGUCAAUAUCUUAUUUUCUUUCUUCUUCUUUCUUUUUUGCUUCUCCCCUCUAUGCUGCGUUCCAUUAGCGAUGCACUGGAGUUGUUUUGAGCAAGACCCAACACUUUAUGCCUGGUAAAUGCUCGGGAAACUAGUGCACAUAAAUGGCAGUUGCUUCCAUUGGAUACUGGCACAUGAACCUGAUUGAUCGGGUGCCGACACAACUGACGACAAUGCCUUUCUGGGGGCGUGAAACAGGCUCGACACUACGUUGCGGGUGGAGCACAGGAUUAGCGAAUUAUUCUUGUGUGUCACGUGACGACUUUCCUGGAAGACAAGAUAUCAACAUUGAAAAUGUGUGUUGGAGACGUUUGCUUUGAAAUAAGAAACACUUCCGGAUUUGUACGACAUCCCAAAACAAACAAGUUGAUUUGAUAAUUUGAUUCUUUCAGUCAUGGUUCGAUGGGGGAGGCUGACACCAGUGAUACGCUCAGUGCGCCGAUUGUGUACCCAGCCGGAACAAGAGGUUAUAGUUGACAAAGCAGCCUUGAGCAAGCUCCGUAAGAAGACGGGCUUUCCGAUGAUGAAAUGUAAAAAUGCACUGGCGCAAUUCAAUAAUGACAUAAAAGAGGCAGAGAAGUGGAUGCGAGAGAUGGCCCAGAAGGAGGGCUGGGAGAAAGCAGGUAAGCUGCAGAACCGCCCCAUGUCCCAGGGCCUGGUGGCAUUGCUGGAGGUGAAGUCCUCAUGCACCUUAGUUGAGGUGAAUUGUGAGACGGAUUUUGUUGCCAGAAACGAAGGUUUCCAGGAACUUGUGGUUAAAUUGGCGCAAGCAUGUCACAAAAACUUCACCAACGGAGACUUGCAAAAGGCGGUGGUUGCCAAGGAAGAGCUGAACUCCCUGCCUGCAGACGGUAAGACUCUGGGAGACCUGGUGGCUCUAACCGUGGGAAACCUGGGCGAGAACAUCGCUCUACGUCGGGCCGCGUUUCUCCGUAAUGACCAAGACACGGUCAUCAGCCACUUUGUACAUGCAGCAGGCCCAGCAAUGACGAAAGACGGAAUCAAGCUGGGGAAAUUUGCUGCUGCCGUCAAGCUACUGGUUCCGAACACAGAAGCCAUAGCCCAAGAAGUGUGUCAACACAUUGUUGGGAUUAACCCAAAGGAAAUCGGUAAUUGGUCUGCACCAGUUCAAGACAAAAAGGAAUCCAAGAAAAAGAAGCAAGACCCAGGUGUGGAAGAUCAGCCAAAAGAAGUGUAUGUUGAGAAAAGACUGUUUGAUCAGGAAUUUCUGUUGGACUCUCAUAAGACCGUAAGGGAAUAUUUACAAAGUAACGGGCCACAGGUUGUGGACUUUGUAAGGUUAGAAUGCGGUGAGGAUCUAGGAGAGGAAUAGUUGAUAACUGACAGUUCUGCAAAUUUCUGCUGUAUUAAGGAAGUCAAUGGUACAAGUUAUUUAACUCUUUCCAUAUACAUAUUGUAUGUGCAACUGUUGUUUACAGGUGCAUAAUAUUCUGAGGUUAGAGCGCAGUGUAGAUAUGGAAGAUGUAUAGAAUAAUAAUUGACAUUUUUGCUGAUUUCAACAGUAUUUAUUGUGUUCAGUCGUAUGAAUUAUCGAUCUUCAAAACGUAUACAAAGACUAAAAUAUUGCAUGCUUUUGUUGGUAUGAUAAUUUUGUUGUUGUUCAGCAACUUACUAUUGAAAUGGCAAAUUGUUGCUUUUUAUAUAUUUAAAGACAUGUUUAAGAAAGUUAUUGUUGAAAAAGAAUGCAUAAUUAUAAAGAUACAGUGAUAAAAAUCUCUAUUGGGUAAAAAAGA